UAUAUGUUAGACAUUCAUAAUUAGUAUAAAUAUUGUUUAUGGAAAUAUUGUAAUUUUGGUAGCUACCAUUGUGAUUCCUAAUUAGGUUAGGAAUCUACCUUCCUAUUUAUAUACAUAUGUAUUCUCCAUAUUCAAUCAAUGAAAGUCAAUUAUUCUCUUCUCAAUAUGGUAUCAGAGCUUAGGUUUCUUCCACAACCCUAGCCCGUUUUUUCUCUCACUCGUGCGCCGCACGCACGCACGCCGGCGUCUCUCUCUCUCUCUGUUGUUCACGUUCGAUCAUCAGCAUGACAACAAAAGAAACAGAUCCGUUUCUUUCACUUCCCAGUGGUUUAAAACUUUUUCUACGAAAUCUUCAUUCUCUGGUUCCCACAAAAUUGGAAGACAACAAUUACCCAUCAUGGUCGUCAACCGUUAAAGCUACGUUGCAAGCUCAUAAGCUUCUCGGCUUUGUGGAAGGAACGGAAGUUAUGCCAUCGCCGACCAUACUGGAUGAAAAGGCCCCUGCCAGCGACAAAGGGCCUGUGUUAAAGGCAAAUCCUGCCUACGAUCUAUGGAUCAUCAUUGAUGCUCAACUACGUGCUUCUCUUCUUGCACUUCUUUCACCUGCCGUACAGAAUCUUGUGUAUCACUGCAAUACCGCUGCUGAAAUUUGGAGUCAUCUACAUCAAAGAAAAGGACAAUCAAGCAUGCAAAAAUACCUUGAUGAAGCACUGCAAAUUGUUAACUCUCUUGCCCUUGCUCGAGAACCUGUUUCCGAACAAGAUGUUAUACUUAACAUAUUGCGUGGUCUUCCUCCCGAAUAUGCAUCUCUCAAACAGAAUGUUCGGACAAAUAUUGCCACUGUCACGCUUAAUAGUAUCUCAUCAUGGUUGCUUUCCGAAGAACUCAACAUCCAACUAGAACAGAAGCUUCAACUCGGUUCAUCCUCCAGCUCCUCCACGGAUCUUCCAACCGCACUAUUGCAAAGUCCUCAGUCAUAUUAUGGCACCAACUCUGUCUCCACAGCUGGGGGGCAAUCUCUACCGAUUUCUCAUAUCGGCUCAGGUCAGGUUACUACACCUACAGGAAUUUCUGAUCCUGGACAACUCUUCCAAUCAAGUGAUAUACAGAGGCCCAUGUGAGCGUGGCUUAUACACCCUUCCUGUUGUGUCUGGUCACGGCUCAUCUUCGUCCAAACCCGCUGCAGCUCCUCUUGUGG